UGGUGUACAAGGAAGACAUCCUUGUACAAAUGAUUGCAUCAACGUGGGGAUUUACUGAAUCUUUGAAUAUUUAAAUGGAACUGAGAAAUAAAAACCGAACAUUAUAACAAGAGAUCCACUGUGAUGAAUGAGCCUCCACAGUGUGUGGUGGCCAUAGAUAUAGGAAGUUCCGGAUGUGGAUAUGCAUUUUCUGCAGACUACACUUUUUGUAACAAUCCGUGUGAUGUGUCAACUUAUAGAUGGUUUGCAGAAGUUGGUAAAUUUACAUCUCUGAAAACUCCUGCGGCCAUUCUAUUCGACUCAAAACAAGAGUUUGAUUCUUUUGGCUACAAUGCUCAGGAAAAAUAUAUCACCAUACUGGAAUCCAAUGAUAAAAACAACUGGUAUUACAUAGAAGGUUUCAAAAUGGCGUUAUAUUCUGCAGUUGAAUCCGGAGAGGAUGUCAGAGAUGACUUUAGCAUAAAAGAGAUGAGUGGUAAGACAGUUUCAGCGAAAACGGUAUUUUCCUCUGCCAUCAAAUACUUUUAUGACCAUUUUUUGACAGAAGUACAGGAAAACAAUCUUGGUUUUCAGAGAGAAAAAAUACAUUGGAUUAUAUCCGUACCUGCUAUAUGGACAGAUUCAUGUAAACAGUUUAUGCGAGAAUCGGCGAUAAUGGCUGGUAUACCGGGAAAACAGUUUUCACUUGUCUAUGAACCAGAAGCAGCUUCGAUCUACGCUAGGUUUCUACAGAUUGAUAAAGUUGACGCCGGACAAAAUCAAACUAUUCUAAAGACAUUUCAACCAGGAACUAAGUUACUAGUAGUAGAUGCUGGUGGUGGAACAGUUGACAUAUCUGCGCAACAGGUGUUGGAUGGAAAUGAUCUAAAAAUAAUACAUAAAGUCAGAGGUGGAGACUACGGGGGUAAUACGGUCAAUAUGGCGUUCAGGCAAAUGUUAUUUCGACUGUUCUCAGGCCCAGGUAUUAAAAUUUAAGAAAGAAUAUCCAAUCGAUUAUAUGAAAUGAUGAGGUCUUUUGAGAGAACAAAAAUCAGACCAAUAAAACCGGAAGACAAAACUGUUUUUACAAUGAUACCAGCUCCACUGCUAGAAAUCAGCGAGGAAGACAGUGAAUGCAAUAUUCAUGAAAUCAUAACAAGUUCACAGUACGCUGGUCAAAUUCGCGUCAAGAGAGAUAAACUUUUCAUAAAUCUUGCACUUUUUAAAGAAUUUUUCGAUCAUUCACUAAAUGAGCUUGUAAUUGACAUGCAGGAGGUUCUUGAGCACAAAAGAUGUGCUGAUGUAUCGGCAGUUAUGUUAGUUGUUGGUUUUGCAGAAUGUGAAUUACUAACAAAAACUGUAAAACAAAGAUUCCCACAAAAAAAGGUUUUUGUACCGAAUGAAGGUGGUUUAUCGGUUCUUAGGGGAGCGGUUAUUUACGGACAUACACCACAAAUCGUAUCAUCUCGUAUCUGUAAUUAUACAUAUGGUAUUGCAGUCAGUAAACCAUUUAAAACCGAUGUCAUGCCUAUGGACAAAUGCUAUGAACAUGAUGGAGAACUCUGGUGUCGCGAUAUGUUUGAAAUCAGUUAUAAAAUUGACACCGUUGUCAAUAUAGGUGAUAAAAAACAAAUAGAACUAAAUGAUACUUUUCUUACACCUGAAGUCCAACAUAGGAGGAAGGAGCCACUCAGAGUUGACAUCGUUAUAUCAGACAAAGAAGAUCCAACAUUUAUAACAGAUGAAGGUUGUAGGAAGCAUGCAAUGAUAACAGUCCAGCCACCUAAAGGUCAGUGGCCACAGAUAGUCCGUGGUUACGUCGAAUUUGAAAUAGCAGGAACAGAAAUGAUAGGUUCUUACAUUAAUAGUGAAACUAAUGAUAGAACCUCGAUAAUAAUUGAGUUCCUUCCCCGAAUAGAGCACAGAGUUGGUAAUGAUAGUGAAAGACGACGCGUAUUUGAUCCUGAUAGAAUUGACACAGACAACGAAUAGAUUAGAAUGUGCUUACUGUUUUGAUUAAACUCUUAGACUAUAUUGCCUAGUCUACAAGUUGAUGUCGUAAUUAUGAUUUUUGUUCUGUAAUGCAUGCAAUCUUACAGCAUUGUAAUCGAUAACUUUAAAAUAUAAAAUAUUUGUAAAAUAGAAACUGGACAAUAGAUUUGAUUUUGUUUGAAGCAAAG